AUGCAGGUGUGGCCUAUCUUUUUGGUACUGCUCCCAAACAUUGGGACCUUCUCAAAUAAGGUUGUCGAAGCCUCGCUUAGCAAACAUUAUUGGGCUUCAGGUUCCUUAUCAUACGCGCUGCUGACAGCAGUAGACGCAGUAAAGUGUGCUGAGAUCUGCUACACAGCAGAGCUCACGGGGUUUGGUCCUGGUGGUACCCCUGGCUGCACUUGCAGCGGAUCACAACAGGGAGCUCGAACAGGAUUUGGCAGCUGCAGCUGCGGCCAAUGCUAUGAAAAGACGCAGGGCGUUGUCUACGGCUUUGCGAUUGAUGGGAACGGAAUUUGCACAUACGGCACAGAUUGCGGGACCUGUGACUUCUCGACAGGGUCUUCAACAAAUGUUAGCGGACCGGCAGUCAACACACCAACGCCUGCUCCAAUCACACCCGCACCUUCACCCCCAGCUAUCAUAACACCACCUCCACCUGUCACAUCAGCGCCGCCCUCGAUCCCAGAUGCGUCAACGCCAUCACCUAUUACGACCUCAAACAGCACGUCGCCAUCUAUUCAUUCUACUAAUUCAACCUCAUUAGAUGAUGUUCGCAAUAAUACCGGUAACAACGGCGGCAGCAGCGAAGAACACAGUAAUACUUUAAGUACUUGGCAGAUUGUGCUAGUCGUUUGCUGCGUGGUGCUGAUCUUCAUUGUGGCUUUCGUGGCCGUGUGCACGUGCUACUGCAAAGCGCGCAAUCGUCUGUAUGAAAACGAAGACGACCAUACCAGUUACUAUGUCCAAAAUUCUCAAACUUUUCAGCUUUGGACUUCUAAUAAUACGACGGAUGAACUCAUCGCAUCAAAAAGGACUUCUGUGGCCGUCUAG